AUGAAGAAAAAGGGUACCCGGGAAGAUGAGCCAGAACGCAAGCGGAAGGAAACUACAAGAGACCAGCGGUUACAGGUAGUUACGCUGCGGGACCAUUCUAAACCACAGAUGUCAUGGACCGCUAUUGGUAGGGAGGAUUGGACCGUAGAUUGUGUCAAGGGAUCUAUCGCCGAGUAA